AUGGGUAUGACUGCUUGGUUUGAGGUCGAGUGGUCCGACGCGGCCCUUGACAAGCAACGAGCUGAUGCCGAACGCGCUGGUCAAGCUCCACCUCCUCCUCACCGCGGCCGCAUCAACUUCAAUCUCUACGAUGAUGUAGUCCCCAAAACUGCCGAAAACUUCCGUGCUCUCUGCACCGGUGAGAAGGGCUUCGGCUACAAGGGCUCGUCUUUCCACCGCAUCAUCCCUCAAUUCAUGUUGCAAGGUGGUGACUUCACCCGUGGUAAUGGCACUGGUGGCAAGUCAAUCUAUGGCGAAAAGUUCGCAGACGAGAACUUCAAGAGAGCUCACACCAAACCUGGUAUCCUGUCCAUGGCCAACGCUGGACCCAAUACCAACGGCUCCCAAUUCUUCAUCACCACCGUCGUCACCUCUUGGCUGGAUGGCAAGCACGUUGUCUUUGGCGAGGUCGCUGAUACUCAGAGCCUGGACAUCGUCAAGAAACUCGAGGCAACUGGUUCUGGCUCCGGCCAAGUCAAGCACAAGGUCAAGCCAACCAUCGUCGACUGCGGAGCUUCCAAAUAG